AUGCGGCCCCCCAAGCCGCGCGGCAGCCGGUGAUCUAGCCCCGGAGACCAUCUCCGGCGCGGUGCCAAGCAGCGGGGAGGGGAGCACGGAGGGGCAACCUCUUGGGGACUAACUCAUGAAGAACAAGGGUGCCAAGCAGAAGCUGAAACGAAAGGGAGCCACCGGCGCCUUUGGCUGCGACCUGACGGAGUAUCUGGAAAGCUCAGGACAAGAUGUUCCAUAUGUAUUGAAGAGCUGUGCAGAAUUUAUAGAGACUCAUGGCAUUGUGGAUGGAAUUUAUCGGCUUUCGGGAGUCACCUCAAACAUACAACGGCUACGGCAAGAGUUUGGCUCAGAUCAGUGUCCAGAUCUGACCAGGGAAGUGUACCUCCAGGACAUCCACUGUGUGGGCUCCCUCUGUAAGCUCUACUUCAGGGAGCUGCCCAACCCCCUCCUGACGUAUGAGCUCUAUGAGAAAUUCACGGAGGCAGUGUCCCGUCGCCCAGAAGAAGGCCAGUUGGCCCGAAUCCAAAAUGUUGUCCAGCAGCUUCCCCCGUCCCAUUAUAGGACCUUGGAAUACCUGAUUCGACACCUGGCCCACAUCGCCUCCUUCAGCAGCAAGACCAACAUGCACGCCAGGAACCUGGCCCUGGUGUGGGCGCCAAACCUCCUCAGGUCCAAGGAAAUCGAAGCCACUGGUUGCAAUGGAGAUGCAGCCUUCCUCGCUGUCCGGGUCCAGCAGGUGGUGAUUGAGUUCAUAUUGAAUCAUGUGGAUCAAAUCUUUAACAAUGGUGCACCUGGGUCUCUGGAGAACGAAGAAAACUGGCCCAUCGUGAAGAGCCUGACCUUGCCAGCCCUCUCCCUGCCCAUGAAGCUGGUGAGCCUAGAGGAAGCUCAGGCCCGGAGCCUGGCUACUAACCAUCCUGCCCGGAAGGAAAGGAGGGAGAAUAGCCUGCCCGAGAUCGUGCCUCCCAUGGGCACCCUCUUCCACACUGUCCUGGAGUUACCAGACAACAAAAGAAAGCUCUCCAGUAAAUCAAAGAAGUGGAAAUCAAUAUUUAAUCUGGGACGUUCUGGAUCAGACUCCAAGUCCAAGCUGAGUAGAAAUGGGAGCGUGUUUGUGAGAGGACAGAGGCUCUCAGUGGAAAAAGCUACUAUCCGGCCAGCCAAAAGCAUGGACUCGCUGUGCUCAGUGCCCGUGGAAGGGAAAGAGACCAAAGGCAAUUUCAAUCGAUCAGUCGCCACCGGUGGAUUUUUUAUUCCAGCCACGAAAAUGCACGCGACCAGCAUUGGCAGCUCUUGUGACCUCACCAAGCAGGAGGGUGACUGGGGCCAGGAGGGGAUGCCGGCGGGGGCCGAGGGGGGCUUUGACAUGAGCAGUGACCGAAGCCAACUCCAGGGCGCUCAGGCCCGGCCCCCACCGGAGCAGCUGAAGGUGUUCCGGCCCAUCGAGGAUCCCGAGAGUGAGCAGGCAGCCCCGAAGAUGCUGGGCAUGUUCUACACCUCGAACGACAGCCCCAGCAAGUCCGUCUUCACCAGCAGCCUCUUCCAGAUGGAGCCUUCACCCCGACACCAGCGCAAGGCGCUGAACAUCUCCGAGCCCUUUGCCGUGUCCGUCCCGCUCCACGUGUCGGCUGUCAUCAGCACCAACAGCACCCCGUGCCGGACACCCCCAAAGGAGCUGCAGUCUCUCUCCAGCCUGGAAGAGUUUUCUUUCCAGGGGUCAGAGAGUGGAGGCUGUCCUGAAGAGAAGCCCCCAGGAGCCGAGACUUCUGCAGCUUCGGUACCUAAGAAGGUGGCUCUGGAGGAUGCCAAGCCAGGGCCAGGAGCAGCGAGGACAGUGGAAUGCAGCAAAGGCCUUUCUCUGGAGCCAGGAGCCCAACUGGAGGAGAAGAAAACCUCAGAAAUCCCCCUGAGCUGUCAACAUUCCAGUGACUUGGAGAAGAGGCUGGAUCCAGAGAAGGUGGUGGAGGAGGCGCCAGAGGCUGGCCAGGUGGAGCCCAGUGCUCCGCAGGAGGGCCCCAUGGCCAGAGCAGAAGUGGUGUUUCUCCAUGAGAUGGAUGAAGAUGAUCUGACCAGCACCCUGAUCUGGCCUGAGAUUCAGCAGGAGCUAAAAAUCAUUGAAUCUGAGGAGGAGCUGCCCUCGUUGCCACCACCUGCUCUGAAGGUCAGCCCAACUCAGCCCAUCCUUGAGUCAAAUCCAAGGCCUUUUGCUCCCCCAGAGCCUCCUGGGAGCUUGCCUUGUGUCUCUACCCCAGCUCCAGUCUCUGCCCCUCUGGAGGAGUGGGCUAGGGAUCCAGCCAAACAGAGCACAGAGGAGGCUCCCACAGCAGCCAAUAGAGAGAAGCCAGAGGCAAUCAGCAGCCUACACAGAUCUGAGACUGAGAAGACUCCGUGCCCAGACCCCGCCAGCCUGGCUCCUCUGGAAAUCAUUCCAUUGGAGACGGCUUCUCCACAAGCAAGGGUGGAGGUGGGAGGCCCGGGGAACCUAUCUCCCCUGAUCCCACCUGCUCCACCCCCUCCAACGCCUCUGGAGGAGGCACCUCGAGUCCAGCUACAGAAGGACGGCCCUGAGAGGGAAGACUCACCAAAGAAUUCAAGGACAAGUCCACACAUAGACCAGCCGAAGUCCAAAGGCAGCCCUGCGAUCCCCAGUCUUUGUCAGGGAGACAAGGCCUCUCCCGGACAAAGUGAGAAGCUGAAGUCAAAGAAUGCUGCUCCCGAUGGAAAAGGCGCUGGUUUUCCAAGCCCAACAAGGGAGGUUGAACUCUCCCCACCCGGAGAGGGGGAUGCAGCCCAUUCAACACAGGAGCCCUCGGACGGCGAUGACGAUGACACCGGGACAGACGUGGCCCAGCACGGCCUAGAGAUGGUGGAGCCCUGGGAGGAGCCCCAGUGGGUGACGAGUCCCCUUCACUCCCCCACCCUGAAAAAUGGGCAAGAGGCCCAGGGGCAGGGCCUUCAGUGCCACCGGCUGGAGAAGAGGCUUUCCCACAGACCUAGCCUUCGCCAGAGCCAUUCCCUAGACAGCAAGCCCACGGCUGAGAGCCAGUGGACUCUCAAGGGCCCCUCCUCCAUCAGCUGUGCUAAUCUUGAAGCCGAGAGGAGCCCCGACCUGCUGCAGCCCCCAGCACCCAGGAGAGAGGUUACUGGAUGGGAUGAGAAAGCCCUGAGGUCCUUCAGAGAGUUCUCUGGCCUGAAAGGGAUAGAGGCUCUUCCCAGUCAGAAGAGACCAGGUGGUUUGCAGCCCAAACCAGCAGAAACCAGCCCUGUCAGCCUAGCAGAGGGAAAGGAACAGGGGACGCACCUGGGGCACAGCAGCCCUCAGACUGAGCAAGGUAGUGUGCCCAGACCAGAGAGCAGCAAGGAGAGCUCACCUCGUGUGCAGGACAGCACCCCGCACGAAGAGCAUCCCCCAAAGUUACAGCUGAAGAGCACCGAGUGUGGGCCCCCAAAAGGGAAAAAUAGGCCUUCUUCCCUGAACUUGGACUCUGCCAUUCCCAUCACUGACCUCUUCCAGUUUGAAAAUGUGGCCUCAUUUGGUUCACCUGGAAUGCAGCUCUCUGAGCCAGAAGACCCAAAGGUCACAUGGAUGACCUCAUCUCACUGUAAAGCAGACCUCUGGAGGGUUGACUCCCAGGACUCUCAGGACCUGGACAUGGUUGCUCAUGCCCUGACAGGCCGCCGUAACUCGGCUCCCGUCAGUGUGUCGGCUGUGAGAACCUCCUUCAUGGUCAAAAUGUGCCAGGCCAGGGCGGUCCCCGUCAUCCCUCCUAAGCUUCAGUACACAGAGAUCCCACAGCCCCUGCCCUCUCAGAGCCCAGCGGAAGGUGGGGCUCAGCCUCCGGAGAAGAGCCCAGAAGAACCUAGAUCCACUGAUGUGACCUCCGGGAAACCUGCCAAAGGUGAUUCUCCCUCCUCCUCAGAAAGCCCCAAGGAAGAGAAACCAAAGCAAGACACAGGAGCCAAGGGGCCCUUGCCCAUGGAUGCCACUGCAUCCCGCACAUGUGAAGGCCCCAGCCUUUCUCCAGAACCAGGUUUGGCUAACCUGCUGUCCACCCAGGAUGCAGUAGUGCAAUGCAGGAAGCGCACAUCAGAGACAGAGCCAUCUGGGGACAACCUUCUUUCUUCAAAAAUAGAGCGACCAUCAGGGGGUUCUAAGCCUUUCCACAGGUCAAGGCCAGGAAGACCCCAGAGCCUAAUCUUAUUCAGCCCUCCUUUCCCCAUCAUGGACCAUCCUCCUUCUUCCACAGUGACAGAUUCCAAGGUCCUGCUGUCCCCUAUCCGGAGUCCCACCCAGACAGUUUCCCCCGGCCUUCUUUGUGGGGAAUUGGCAGAAAACACAUGGGUCACACCAGAAGGGGUCACACUUAGGAAUAAAAUGACUAUUCCUAAGAAUGGCCAGAGACUAGAGACCUCAACCAGCUGUUUUUACCAGCCCCAGCGGAGAUCUGUGAUUCUGGAUGGAAGAAGUGGGAGGCAGAUAGAAUGACUUCGCUUCAUCUUCUGGUGUCUGAAAAAAACGCAUGAUUCAUUGGGAACUUAUUACAGGCUAACUUAUCUUUGGUCCAGACACAGGUUACCCAAGGCUAGGCUUGUUUGGGCCUCUUCUUCUCUUCCUUCAGCCUGUUGGCCAUUUAUUAAUUAGUCCAUUUGUCAAAGGAAAGGUCAAGGGAAGGACCAAGAGAUGAAAGUUAGAUAAGUCUGCGUGAGAAGGUGGGAAAGGUCAGAUAAGGGAGAGGAUGCAAUGCUUGCCCCAGUGAGAUCCGGGGCUGGUCUGUGCGUUGCGUUACUCCCCCAUUGCCACUAUCUAUUCCUGUGGCGAACUGGCUGUGACAAUGACUUGUGAAAGAAAGAGAGAUCCUUUGUGUUGAAAAAUGUUGCUACUGAGGUUUGAAGGCCUCCUCUUUACUUUGUGCUUUUUAAUGCGGUGUGAAAGUGUACUCUCCAGAAUAGAGCAGAUUUGGAAAAGCAAACUAACGUACACUUAGAUCUCCCAGUGGGUGAAUUUGCUCAUGCUCUUUCCCCGGAAUUCCUGCUGCCCUGCCCAAGAUGGCUCCAUGUGCCAGCAUAGAAAAUCAGCACCCAUACUCAAGAGCCACCUCUGAGACAGACACAAUCUAAGAAGACUUUCAGGCCAUGGCUUUUUAUCAAUUUGGGACUCCAACGGCCACUACCCUGACCUCUGAUUUAUAAACCCAAUAGCUGGGCAGGAUUGCUUCCAUUCCAAUACCACAGUCUAAAAACAGGAUGUCACCUUGGAGAAAAGCCUCCCAACAUAGACAGAACUACAUUCCAAACAGUAUGUGUUUAACUGGUGGGGCAUUCGCAGAAAACACCCCUAGCUCAGCUACCUCUCCUCCCACACUAGGCUGGGACAGGACUGCAGGACAAGCUAAGGAGGAGCCCUAGCAGGGUAGCCCUACCUCUCGAUGGCAGCUGCCCUUCUGAAAUGUAUUUCAUUUUAGCCAGUGGGUGCCUUCCUUCCUCCCUCUCCCUUCAUUGCUCAAGAGCAGAUUUGAGGCGCCCUCCCACAAUCCCCCUCAUCCACCACCCACCCUAGACACGCAAACUUGCCCUUCUCCUGUCUAUAUAAAAGCAGAAGCAAUAACCCAACCUGAUUUUGUCAGUUAUUUAGAACUUCAAAUAGUUCUUUCCUUUUCAGCUGGAGAGAGGAAGAACUAAUAUAACCUGCUGGCAGAUUUUUGGUGCUCCCCCGAAAAGGGCUUCAUAGGAGCCCUUCUCAAGGCAAAACCCAUCAGGGUAUCAACACUUUCAAACCUUCUAAGACAACUAUCUUGUUUGAGAAACAAGAAAAAUAGGCCUACUUUUAGCCCUAUGUACCUCCUCUCAGGUUCACGUCUGGCUGAGCUCUGUCCGGAAGCACAAUCAUUGCAGAAAUUUCUCUAAGGGCCAGCAAUUCCUCUGGGCAGACCUCACAACCAAGGCUGGUGCUGGGCUGGGUAGGAAAUGAGCUCAAGUUACCUCCUCCAGUGAGGAAUUAGCAGCUGGUGCCCGACAAUAGAUACAUAGUCCUCUCUCCUUUCUUCCCUGGUAAGCCUUACAGUUUGGAAACCUUGUCCUAUACCUUCUAAGCCGGUGUCUAUAGCAGGGGCAGGCUAGCUGAUGGCUUCUGCUUUCCGAGGCACUGAGAUGAGUGAGCAGGGGGAGCAGUCAAUAGGUCUUUGGUCAGUGUCUUUGCAUUUUCACUAGAUGAGAAAGACGUUGAACCAACAGGCAAUGAGAUGUCAACCCCUGAGAGAAGUCCUAGGGUACAGCAUUUUGCCCCCUAGGGAAGCAAGGUGAAGAAAUAUAGUGGUGACAGAUGAGAAAGGCCAUGUUCAGAUUUGAAAAGUACAUUCCUGCCUUAUCAGAAAAUGUGGGCGGGUAGGCUUCAUAGCAAUCUCAGUACACCAUGGUUUCCACGCCUUGAUAGACUGUUAGAAUUCCAGUUAGAAUUCGAGAGAGGGGAGGAACUGCACUUUGCUUCUCCAGCAGAACUCUGAGCCGAGUGAUGAAAUAUUGAAACUAUUUUGUGAUUAUUUUAAUUUGUGUUUGUAACAUGUAGGAGCUCUGUUUUUACUUGGACACAGGCUGAGAAGCCACUAUUUACAUAUUAGCAAGUGAGUUCAAUUUGCGGCACCCACGUUGCUUUAUUGAACGGCUGCCAUGUUCUCAAGACUGACAUCUUUCGUUGGUAGCAUCAUCUUCAGGAGCCGUGGUGGGCAUCUGGAUGUCAUCCUGAGACACAGUGACAACUGUCUGGAGAUAUUUCCUACUAUGGGCUUCCCUCCCCAGUCACUCCAGAAGGCCUCAGGAGCCGACUCACUUCUCAGGGUCCCGCCGCUGCAGUGUGGGCUUCUCUUUUGACUAACACCCAGCCUGUCAACUGUCAUAAUCUUCCUGUGGCCUGGGCGAGCCUGGCGCUGAGGAAAUGCCAUUCCAAUGCAACGAAAACAUAUUUUACUCCUGGAAUUGUUCCUCAAAAUGCCCUGAAUUACCUAUCUGGUCACCUACUCGGGACUGAAAGCUAAACCCCCUGGGAAUGGCUGGCUGGGAAUCAGAUCCCAUCCAGGGGAGGGGCAGGAGAGGUGCUGCUGUGCUUAAGGGGACCUACAGAGUGCGCCAGAAAGGGCUGCAGAACCAGUUCUCAAAGGGCUAUUUCAACGAUCAGUCCCCUAAAUGGGCGUGGCUGAUUUUAAAUGUCAAAUUUGAAGUGUUUUCUUUCAGUGUUAAUGGUUGCUUUAAGAAGGUAAUAGCCUCUAUUUAUUUGCAAAAUGGCCUUCCCAGGCCAACUUUUUUUUUUUUCCAAAAGGGAAUUGGUUUUUAUUCUCUGCUUCACAUGGAAUAUGAAGAGACCUGACCAAGAACCCCAUUAAGAUACUGUUAGCCUAAAAUUCAAGAUAUUGAUUAUGUAAAAAUUCUGGAUUCUGGGGAAAUAAAAAAAUGUAAACAUCAUUCCCAACAUUUAUCAAGAGCUUUAGAACUCUUAAAUCCUUGAAGAGCCUAAUGAAAAAGAGGAGAGGGAUGGUAGCAAAUGAAACAGCCUAUAAACAACCAAGAGCAAAAUUUAAAGCCAUUAAGUUACCAAAUGAAAGAGUAAGGGGGGAAAUGUAGCAACUAGCAUCUUUUAAUAGGAUUGUUAAUAGUGUUCAAGUCACCUACUGACUGUCAUCAAAUUAAACGCAAUUGCAAACCCAAUUGAAAGCACUAGGGAAGACACUUAGGCACUGAGAUUUUUGCUUUGAUCGUUUAAGAAAAAUAGAGAGUAGUAACUAUGAAUAAAUACUUCUGAGAUUUUGUGUGGUCUUAGCUGGUUGGGUUGUGAAGUCCUGUUGGUGCAAGGUAAUACCAGUGUUCCAUUCUCCUUGAGAGUGGUUUAGGAACUUCCAUCGUCACAGAAUGGGUUAACUCCUGUCGAUGAUGAAGUGAGAGGUCCAAGAUAAACUGUUCCUUUCAUGUCUAAUGUUUAGCACAUGAUGAUCACAUUUGACUAAAAUUGGGUGGGACAGUCAUUUGUCUAUACAGGCUGUGGGUUCCUGCCUGAAGAGGUACUGGGGAACAUGAUUCCUUUAUCUGGGAUUGGAAUAGGAGAGGUUCAGGGUCGGUCCAAUUCCCACCAGGAUUGAUUAGAGCUAGAUUCUGCCUGUCCUAUCUGAUGACAGUAUGAAUCUUGGGGUUAAGUGUUGCCAGGAGUAUGAUUUUAGGUACUUCCAGCAGGAAGAUCAGCUCAAAAUGUGGAAUAACAAAGAACAUGUACUUUUUCAACACCUUUUCUAGCGAAGUCAGGCCAGAAGAGGGAGCUAGCACGAGGAAGGGAGAUUGUAGAAGGGUAAUUGCCUGGGAUCAGUGUCAGUCCAGAAAGGAUAAAAUUGGGGAACAACCAGAGAUUGAUGGGCACACAGUAGAUCAUUUAGUAGCCUGGAGGUUCAUGAGCAAAUAAAUGCAGGGAUCACUUCUCUAUGAGGCUGAAGGAGGAUGUAACUAAAUAAAAGAAAUUCAUGACAUAAAUAGCCAUGCAUUUUACUGGAUGAAUCACAAUGCUUUGCAAUAACUUAAUGCCAUAGUACUUCCUGGCGUCUAAUUCUGCAAGGUAAAGCACUUUUUCAAAGAAGUUUAUUAGAAAGCAACAUGAUUUCAGCCUGUUUGUUGAGCUUGACGAAUAUGAUUCCAAAGACAUAAUCAAAAUGUUUUUCUAUUAAAAAAUAUAUUAAACCUAUCCAUAGAGACAUUUAUGUGUAAUUAAAACAGAUUGUUAUGCUUUACAAAUGUACUCUAAUAAAUGAUAUAAAAUGCAA